UGAACAGCACUUGCAGAACAUGAAGACACACAGUAGGACAGAGAAAAUGAUACUUUGGGAAUAAAACACGACAAAAACAGCCUCAGACAAGAAGAAAACUUACCAAGUUUGGAAAAUGAGAAAUAGUUCCAUUAUUCUUCACACACAGCGAUGACAUAAUGUCUAUUUCAACCAACACAACAUAUCCAUGCAUACCAGGCUCUCUCUGUGAGGUACUUUAUUAUGAAGUGGAACUGAUCGUCAUUCCAGUGCUAUUUCUCGUGGUCUUUCUUGCCACGCUGAUAAUUAUAUUUGUGCUCAAAUGCUCCCAUAAGCCAUCACAACUUUAUGGACACCACAGCAAUGAAAAAGAUGACACACAACACCAUUUUAACACAUACAGUCACCGUAACAGCAACAGACGGCACCUGCAAGGCAUUGAUGCUCCGGCUGAGCUAAACCCAAUGGAACAUGAGAUUAUUCCCAUGACAGCCCAACCUCACCCUGACAUGCAGAAUCCCCAGCCUGCAGUACCUCAGGACACCACUGUGAGGCAUCCGGGCACCUUCCAGAUGGUGUCUCCACUCGCCCCCACCUUCUCAGUGAAACAGGACGACUUCACUUUGCACAGAGCUGUCAUGGACAGCCAGCCAGUCAUUUUACGAAUGCUUAAAGAAUCAGCGAAUACCAGAGAGCUCCAGUCUUUUCUGGGGUUUUCCCACUUCCUUUCAGAGUUGGGAUCGCAUCCAUCGCUGCCUAAAGUACUGGGGGUGGAGACACCCUUGACAAUAGUGGUAGAGCAGCUGGAACACGGAGACCUGCUGAGCUUCCUGUGGAGGUGCAGACAGGACCACACAGGUCAGGCAGCACCGUGUGACAUGACUGAAAAACGAAUCUUUACCAUGGGCGCUCAGAUUGCAUCUGCUCUGGAGUACCUGCAUAGUAAGAAUUACGUCCAUGGCAAUGUGAGGGCUCGAAGUGUCCUGGUUGGUCAAGACCUGUCGGUCAAGCUGUGGGGUUUGGGUCCGGCGUAUCGCAGGCAAAUGAGUGCAAAAACUGUGGAAGAUAUGGAAAUGAGAAAGUGGCAAGCACCAGAGGUGUUGGGACAGCAACCUCUCCAGCAAAGCAGUGACAUAUGGUCCUUUGGCAUUUUGCUCUAUGAGAUGGUGACUUUAGGAGAUCCUCCCUUCCCCAACGUCAUGGCCAGCGAACUUCUGCAGCAUUUACAGAGAGAAAACACGAUAACCAAACCCCCCAACUGCUCCAAUACACUAUAUUCUAUUAUACAGUCCUGCUGUCGGUGGAAACCAAAGAAGCGAGUCUUAUUGGCUGAGCUGAUCAGAAAGCUCCAAUCAGGAGAGAGAAGCGCCAAUGAUCAGGCAGUGCUGCGAGUGUCUGAGCCGCUGGACAUGGAGAAAUACAUGCGUGAAGCGGGCUAUGGAGACUACUUCAACUUUGCUGCCAUCUAAUGUUCCUUUUAUGAAUCACUUAACAUUCCACUGUCAAAUUUAAAGACUGUCAGUCACCCAUAGACUGUAAAAAAUGCUAUCACCUCAUAAAGCCUGUGUAAUAUUCAGGAUGUUACAUUGGAUAAAGCUUAAUUGUAAUGCAAAUGAGAAGAUAUGUAAUGUACUAUAGAAUAUGCAAAAGUUGGAAGAUUGUGUCAUAGGCCAACACAUGCAUAAAUAUGCAGCGACAAAAGCUCGAAAUCGAAUGUAAAGUGUGUUAGCAGCAUAAUGAAUGCAUCACACACACGCACCCACAAUCAAAUUGGGUCUAGUAGGCCUAGGCCUACUGGUGGUAUUAUGAUGAUACCAUUUUAUUUAUUUGGGAUGGAUUAUAUAUCAAACCAUUAUGUAGAACGGCAUUCCUCUAAUUCAAAUAAUACGACUUUAAGUUAUAUUGUUAUAUUUAUUGGUACCUGGAGAGUUUAUUGUUAAUUAAAAUCCACUAUUUAUUAAUGUUUUUUUUCACUAUUUACAAAAGUUUUCUCAUCAUUGGAGCACAUGAAGAUCACUGGCUUAAAAACAACACUGUAAAAAAAGUGGUUUUCUAUGGGAUUAAAAUCCUUCCAUGAUU